UCUGUCUGGUAGAAGUAGAAGUCGGUUAUGAUAGUCCGAUAGCAGCCUGUAGUUGAAGGGGAGUGACAGUAGUCUCUGCAGUUGCCUGCAAGAAAUAGUGGAGGAGGAUUCUUCGUGGUUAUUUUUUCGCUGACACUCGCUAGGCUUACGAGUAAUUUUUCUCGGUUAUUGCCUCCAACGAAGACUCCUGGAGAAGAAGGAUGACGAGUGAGAUCGAUAAGGAGGAAGUAAGGAAGAGGUUGACACCAUUGCAGUGGCAUGUCACACAGGAAAAGGGUACAGAAAGGCCAUUUACUGGAUGCUACAACAAAUUCUACGAUAAGGGAACUUACACAUGUAUCGUCUGCGACCAGGAAUUAUUUUCAUCUGAUACGAAAUACGACAGUGGGUGCGGUUGGCCGGCGUUCAACGAAGUUUUAGAUCAAGGUCGUGUAAAGCUGACCAAAGACACCUCUAAUGUUGGCGGCAAUCUACUACUGCUGAUCGCAAACCCAGAUAUGGUGCGGACCGAGGUGACCUGCUCCAAGUGUGGAAGCCAUCUUGGCCAUGUCUUCAACGACGGACCGAAGCCGACGAGGAAGCGUUUCUGCAUCAACUCAGCCUCCAUUAAUUUCUACGCUGCUGGCGAUCAGAAGAAAGGUUAACACCCUGAUGAACCUCGACAAAUACCAGAAGGACGUUUACAUACCUACCAACUGGUCUAACUAAGAAAACUGUCAGAGUCCAUUUUUGCUUCUUGUUCUUUUCCUCAUCUCUCUUGGAUCUUCUGAAAAAGGAAUCUUUAGUAGUGGUUGUAUGAGGAUUUUUGAGUCGAUGCAAUUUUAUUCGAUAUUGUUUCUCUGUGGCUUCUCUAUUUCUAUGAUUUGUCCAGUUUCUGGGACUUCUUUUUUUUUUUAUUUAUAAGGCCGAGACACUUCUUUAUAUGCGUUACGUGAAGAGUUCAGGUAGAUAUACCUAUUACUUACCUUACUGUAAGAGUCACUUUGAGUUAUUCCUUUGGAAAGACGUACGUUUGUGAUUUUGACAAUCGAACCCAUUGAGACAAGAACGUGGCCAUACUUUUAUGCUAAUCACAGUUAUUUAUGUUGGGCAUUUAUUUGAAUCCAAUGUGUCUUUAUAGUUUAGUCUACAUCAUUUUGGAAUCCUCCAAUCUGACUGUGAAUAAUGUAUGAAUAACUUCUGUUAUGUGCGCCAUCAGCUUUGAACUUUUUGCGACACUUUUAAUACCGUAUUUAAAAAGAGGAACUAAAGAUACUUGGCACACAUGCCAGAACUGCGAGGAACUUAUUGAUUAAGACUAAGAAUUCAAAGCUCGAUAUUUUGAAAGCGUUUUUUACAAGAGGCGCAUUGCGAAUUUAUAAUGAUAAACCACAAUGAGAAAAGAAAUGAAAAUAUUUAUAUAAGUAAUGGAAGAGUCUUAUUAUUUUUUCAACUAACUUACGCCGCCAUAAUGUGUAAAUAAUUGUAACUUAUUAUUACAUAUAUAUAUUAUAUAUAUAGAGGGACGAUCAAUAAUUCUAGUGGUUAUUAUUGAUCGAUACCACCUGUUGCACCAAAAAAAGAAAUGUUAAUUAGCAAUAAAGGGCGAUAAUGAAAUUUCA